AUGACCACCUGCAGCCGCCAGUUCACCUCCGGCUCCAUGAAGGGCUCCUGUGGCCUUGGCUCCAGCCGCAUGUCCUCUGUCCUGGCUGGAGGGUCCUGCCGGGCCCCCAGCGCCUUCGGGGGCAUGUCUGUCUCCUCCUCCCGCUACUCCUCCGGGGGAGCCUGUGGGCUCGGGGGCGGCUAUGGCGGUGGCUUCAGCAGUGGUAGCAGCUUUGGUGGAGCCCUGGGUAGUGGCUUUGGAGGAGGAUAUGGUGGCGGCUUUGGUGCCGGCUUCGGCGGCGGCUUUGGUGCUGGUUUCGGUGGCGGCGAUGGCGGCCUCCUCUCUGGCAACGAGAAGUUCACCAUGCAGAACCUCAAUGACCGCCUGGCCUCCUACCUGGACAAGGUGCGUGCCCUGGAGGAGGCCAACGCCGACCUGGAGGUCAAGAUCCGCGACUGGUACCAGAGGCAGCGGCCCAGUGAGACCAAGGACUACAGCCCCUACUUCAAGACCAUUGAGGACCUGAGGAACAAGAUCAUUGCUGCCACCAUCGAGAACGCUCAGCCCAUUCUGCAGAUUGACAAUGCCCGGCUGGCAGCUGAUGACUUCAGGACCAAGUACGAGCACGAGCUGGCCCUGCGCCAGAGCGUGGAGGCCGACAUCAACGGCCUGCGCAGGGUGCUGGAUGAGCUGACCCUGGCCAGGGCCGACCUGGAGAUGCAGAUCGAGAGCCUGAAGGAGGAGCUGGCCUACCUGAGGAAGAACCACGAGGAGGAGAUGCUUGCCCUGCGGGGUCAGACUGGCGGGGAUGUCAAUGUGGAGAUGGACGCUGCCCCUGGUGUGGACCUGAGCCGCAUCCUGAACGAGAUGCGAGACCAGUAUGAGCAGAUGGCAGAGAAGAACCGCAGGGACGCCGAGGCCUGGUUCCUGAGCAAGACCGAGGAGCUGAACAAAGAAGUGGCCUCCAACAGCGAACUAGUGCAGAGCAGCCGCAGCGAGGUGACCGAACUCCGCAGGGUGCUCCAGGGCCUGGAGAUUGAACUGCAGUCCCAGCUCAGCAUGAAAGCAUCCUUGGAGGGCAGCCUGGAGGAGACCAAAGGCCGCUACUGCAUGCAGCUGUCCCAGAUCCAGGGGCUGAUCGGCAGCGUGGAGGAGCAGCUGGCCCAGCUGCGCUGUGAGAUGGAGCAGCAGAGCCAGGAGUAUCAGAUCCUGCUGGACGUGAAGACACGGCUAGAGCAGGAGAUCGCCACCUACCGCAGCCUGCUGGAGGGCGAGGACUCCCAGUGA